UUGCAAAUCAUUUGAAAGGACUUCUUUACAAAAUCCUCAAUAUAUUAAUGUAUGAUAUUGAAAUUUGUGUAUGAAUAACCAAAACAUAUAUAAUAAAUGGACGAAUUUGCAUUACAUAGUCCAAAAAAACAAAGAUACAAACUAUGGAUUUAGAAAAUGGAAGAAAUUUCAAGAUUGCAUUUUAGCUUUACCUUGUACGGGUGGAAUUUAGGUAAGAGUUGAAGCAUCCCUGCCGGUUUGCUCUAUUCUUUCUCCCAGACCAGCAAUCUUCCAUUUCCUUUGCAUUAGAAGGGUCAUUCUGCCAAAGAAGCCCAUUGCUUCCUGACCAAAUACAUGCCUUAAUUCUUAUUAAAAAAAAUGCUAUUAUCAAAUUGUAUUACAGCCUUUUAACCUUUUAAAAUAGGCUAAUUUAAUUAAUUGAAUUCUAAAAUUUUAAAUUUUAUUUAUACUUUAGUCCUUAAAUUAUUACAUUACAAAAUCUUAAUAGUACACAAAAUUGUAAUUUUUCAAAUAAUUAGGGACCAAAAUACAUUUUAAUAUGUUAAAAAAAUUGUAAUUAACCCAUAAGUUAACGAAUCAUUCAUGCAAGAACAAAAUAACUACCCGGACGUUGAGGAUCAUAACAAUUUCUUAUCAAAAAUUUUAAUUUUCUCUUCUCAAAGAAAAAAGGAAAAAUUUAAUUCCCAACAAUUUUAAGAAAUAGAUUCUAUACGUGGGAAUGAAGUUGAGUCUCCAAAUGGGAUUUAAUUAGUUUCCUGUUGAAUGUCAGUGUUUUCCUAUUUUAGAUCCUUUCAAGUUAGUAUCCUUGUCAAAAUGGUUUGGUAUAAACUCCACUGGAAUAAAUAAUAACAGUAAUAACAACAGUAUUAAUAAUAUUAUAAAAAAAAAACUGCAAAUGAAACUGCUUAUCUCCUAAAAAUAAAAUUUUCAUAGUUAUUUAUGAAAAAAAGUUAUCAUUUCUUUUCGCCAUCAAAACAAUUUCAAUCUCUACUAGCCUUAAGCACCUGAACUUUUACAUUUUGAUUACUACGAGAUUUAGUGUUUAUUGAUUAGUGGCGGAGUUUUUUAAAGUUUCUUUGUUAAAGCAAUGGAAUCAUGCAUGGUCUCCACCACAGAUGGGGUGUGUCUCCAAGGAAGAAUUUUCAAGCCAUCGCGAGAAACCACCAAAAAAGGCAGCUCAGGCACUGCAAUUGUGUUGGUGCAUCCGUACUCGAAGCUGGGUGGAUGCCAGGGACUCAUGCAGGGAAUGGCAUUGAGACUAGCCAUCAAAGGUUUCCUUGCCAUAACCUUUGAUAUGAGAGGUGUUGGAAGAUCUACAGGCAAGUGUUCGCUAACAGGCUUGCCUGAAAUCCAAGAUGUUAUUGCUGUUUGCAAAUGGGUCUCCCAGAACUUGCCUGCUAAAAAGAUUUUGUUGGUGGGUUCCUCUGCAGGAGCUCCGAUUGCUGGUUCAGCAGUUGAUCAGCUGGAGGAAGUGAUUGGGUACGUGAGUAUUGGUUACCCAUUUGGAUUGGCAGCCUCUGUUCUGUUUGGGAGACACCAUAAAGCAAUUUUACGAUCAAGAAAACCAAAAUUAUUCAUAAUGGGCACCAAGGAUGAGUUCACAAGUUUACAACAGUUGGAGAAGAAGCUGAUGUCUGCUUGUGGUCUUGUUCAAGCCCAUCUUAUUGUAGGAGUCGGCCACUUUGAAGUCGAGGGUCCUGCUUAUGAUGCUCGGAUGGCAGAUCUAAUUAUGGGUUUUGUUGCACCAUUGAUGCAAUGAGCAGCUUGAUUUCCCAGCACUUGUUUGUGAUGAUAGAGAUUAGCAUUCAUAAUGACCAAAAUACUCGUAUGAACUAAUCUGUGAACAAUGGCUAGGUCAAAAAACUUCUUGGUUCUUCUCAAUCUGCAAUGCUCAACGAAAAUGAAAAAGAUGGUUUCAUGGUCUUUAGGUAGGCAUAGAUUCAGACAAACCAUUUAGCCUACUGAUUUGUAAUAUUUGAUACAAUCAAGGAUCAACCCAGAAGAAUAAGCAACCAUUGUAACAUCAAAAAUCAAAUCUUUAAAUUUCAUUUCAUUAGAUGCCAAUGCAUAAUUUUACAAUAUGGUCGACACCUAUGAAUGAAACAAUUUUCAAUUUGCUCAACUAAAUUUGAAAAUAUCACUGUCUACAAAGUCACCGCUUCUACCUUGAAGGUAAAAACCAAGUGGCUAUUUUCCUAAGGAGUGUGCAUAAAAAGUUAGGCCAUGUUUGUGUUACAAGUAUGGAAAUUCUCUAUUGAAUAGAUCAGAGGUACAAAUCCAACCAGGUAUGGAAAACAAUGUCACACAAUCUUGCCUGGUUGAUGAAAUUUGAUCACUAAAUUAA